AUGAGUACUUCCCCUCCUCUCAUGAGUAUUUCGCCGCCCAUUGAUACUUCUCCGCCGCCAUCAAUGGGUGGCUCUUCGCCCUCGAAGGAUAUCUCACUGCCUUUGAAGCACACUCCUCCACCUUCUGUCGGCAUCUCCCUCGCCUCCCAGGGUUGCACGACCUCCGACCGUCCCAGCAGCAUCGACAGCCUUUCCAGCGCAUCCAACGCCUGCCACCGCGCGUUUGACACGUCCCCUCCUUUGAGCUUCAUAUUCGUGUCCGCGCGCUCGGCUGCGGCGAAGCGCCGCUCGCCCUCGCCCUCGUCUGGUGGCUCACCCACACCUUCGUUCUCCGGCUGCCCGCCUGCUUGGUCCCCAAGCUGCCCUCCGCCAUCGCGCUGCGGUUCCCCCGACCAUCUCGGCGACCCCGUCGCCACGAGCCACGUCCAUCAGGACCUUCAGCAUCUAAGUGGCAGCGGCCCGUACGACAAAGACUUCGCCGCGCGCGUCGAAGAGGUGCUGCGUAGGAGGCUGACCGUCGAAGAUGGCUGGAGGCUGUCCAACGAAUGCGAUCGCGAUCGCGACAGGGAGUGGCGCUUUAGUCUGCAGGAACCGGAGGAAGACGAUGAGGAAGAACUGACGAUCUAUGUGGCGAGGCCGGGCGGUGUGAAGGUCGGUGAGCACGGCAUCACGGCGAGAGAUAUGGACGGUGCGACAUUGAGGGAUGCGAGCGGUACGACGUCGAGGAGCGUGAGCGACGCGAUCAUGAAGAGCGACAGCAAGAUGAAGGUCGUGAACAGUAUCAACUCCGAUCUCCACACUCCCGAUGUCGACACCACCCUCCCCACCCCCAUCGCACCUCCCAGCAUCCGCUGGGGCCCCGGGCGCAAGAGCUAUGGCGCGCUGGGGACUCACCGCACCCCGAGCAGCCGCCCGAGCAUGCGGUCCAUUCCAAGCACUCUUGUCGAUGGCGCUCCCCUCUUCGUCCCGAGCGCUGGUCCCUUCUUCGUACCAAGCGCUGGUCCGGAUGUCGUCCAGAGUGUUCGUCCCCAUGCUAUCCCGAUUGUUCGCCCCGACGGCACUCGUCUCGAUGUGAUUGCUCGUCCGGAUGCUAUCUCGGGCUCUCGCCUUCACACUUCUAAUCAACAGGCGCCGAUCGAGGAGAUGCCAGCCAUGGCCAUGCAGCCCCUUCGACCCGCCGACACGUCAUCGCCGUCGUUCGAUUCCGCGUACGCGCCGCCGGGUGACAUCCCGCACUCGCCGACGCGCUCGCCGUCCAGUGACGCCUCGUAUCAUGCGUCGCCCACCUCGUAUCCUGCAUCGCCAACGUACUCGCCGCCCUCGCCCAUCGCUAGUCCACCGUUCACCCCCACCAAGCAACGAUACCGUUCCGUGACCGAACCCCUUGCUGCACCAGGACCGUGGUUGCCUGCCGCGAUGGGACCGCGGUCGCCCGCCGCGCUGGGACCGUGGUCGUCCGCCCCGUGCGUAGGCGCCCAGAUGUCGCGCGCACGCUUCCGGGAGACCGUCUCGGAGCCACUGCAGGGUAAGCUGCCGCAGGCGGGCUGGGGUCGUCGCACCACCAGGUCCAUGGAUGGUCCUGUCUCGCCAGGAGCGGGCCAUGUCGCCUCGGAGGCGAACCACAUCGCAUCACCACCGACUACUCCUGGGUUCUCCGCGGACGACGAGGAGGACUGGAGCUGGGCGCUUGCCGUGGGACAGGGUGCGCCGGCUGGUCUGAGCGCUGGCCUAUCGCCGAAUGCGAGCCGGCGCACGUCGAUGGAGGAGGACUGGCGCGCGAUGCAGGAUACAAGCCUACGCUCCUCGAUGGAUACGAGCCUGCGUUCGUCGACCGCUUCAGACGGGCGCUCCUCGAUGGAUCCGAGCGGACGUUCGUCUACGCAGAGUGGCCGACGUUCGUCGACGGAAGGCACCGCCCCCACGGAACGCAACUGGCGCGCCACCCAGCAAUUCGACUGGCGCGCAUCGCGCACGGGCAGGCCCGUUCGACGCAGCUGGGAAGUGAAGGAUGGCCGGGCGUCGGACGGUGGUGUACACUUGUUGUCGGAUAGUGGCGCACGCAAGAUUUCGGAUAGCGGCGCCUCGGAUAGCGCCGUGCAUGGGCGUGACUCGACAAAAGCCAGCUUUCGCCGGGUUGUCUCCGACGGUCGUCUUGAUUUGCCACUUGGACCGAUGUCACUUCCACGGUCGCCACUCUCGCCUUCGCGAGGCCCAUCGUCGGCUCCUCGCGGCCCACUCUCGCCCACACGCACGCCACUCUCGCCCUCACACGCGCCUUCGUCGCGUACGCAACGAUCCUUCGCUCGCGCCUCGUCCACCCCCGAGGGCAUUCUUCGCCACUCGGAUGAUGGCAUCCUCCACCAACCGGGCACCCCUCGCCACAGGGACAACCGGCGUACGAACAGCGCGCGCCACGUGCAUUUCGGCGAGGCGCAGCAUGUUGCGUCCACCGUAAGCGAUGGGGAUAUGGCACAGGACGUCGACCCCCUGCAGAACGCGGUCGACAUGGUGCGGAAGGCGAUCGACGCGGUGAAGAGGGCGGUCGUGCCGGACGUGAUGAACGCCAGCUCGGAGCAGAAGCCCGUCAACGCGGAGAAGUCGGCCCUCGACGAGAUGGUCUACCGCGAAGUUAUGCGCGCUGCGCUCGGCGAUGAGUGGGACGACGCGCACGCGGCACCGACGGCCAGCCCUCGUAAGUCGACCCCGGGGCAGCGUACGCCGACUGUCAGCCCGCGGAGAGCGCCCAUCAGCCCUCGCAAGGUGUCGGACGACCAACGCUCGCGAUUGCAGUCCAAGGACGACGAGAGGAAAUCGAGCGGCAAGGCCCCCCAUCCUCGCAGCAAGCGCGACCGGCGUGGGCGUCCCGACGCGAAAAGUAUACAGGGUGCUCGUGCGCCAUCGAAGAGCCCUCGCAAGAAGUCGAAGGACGCCAGCCAGUCCAGGGAUGGUCGUGCGCUCGACGAAGCUAUCCGCGCCGCGAUGGAGGAGGAGCCGCCUUGCUCUCCGACGUGGCAGGUGAGCAAGGACCGGACGAGCAACGUCGUCGCGCUGCAGAUGCAGGCGCUCGCGAUGUCGCAGGCUGCGAGUGACGCGAAGUCGGGAUCUGCCGGUAAUGCGAAGGCUUAG